AUGGUUGCAACAGCAGUGUCGGCGUCGUUUAUCCCUGUCGUCCCUUCGCCGGACUCUGGGAAAGGGAAGCAUCUGGGUGACAGCUCUGCAAACUUGAGAGGACUCAAACCAAGACAUGGUUUAUGUGGUGGCUUGCAGGUGAAGGCAAAUGCACAGGCCCCUCCGAAGGUUAACACCACCGUGAAGGUUGAGGAGGAUUUGCCAUCAUCGUCGUCACUUUCUCAUGCUCCCAGGACUUUCAUCAACCAGUUACCGGACUGGAGCAUGCUUCUCGCCGCCAUCACCACCGCCUUCCUCGCCGCGGAGAAGCAGUGGAUGAUGCUUGAUUGGAAGCCGCGCCGCCCCGACAUGCUCGUGGAUCCCUUUGGGAUUGGAAAGAUCGUGGAGGACGGGCUUGUGUUCAGACAGAACUUCUCAAUUCGGUCCUACGAAAUUGGCGCCGACAAAACUGCGUCUAUAGAGACGUUGAUGAAUCAUUUGCAGGAGACAGCACUUAAUCAUGUUAAGACUGCGGGGCUUCUUGGUGAUGGUUUUGGCUCCACGCCUGAAAUGUGUAAGAAGAACUUGAUAUGGGUGGUUACUAAGAUGCAGGUUGUGGUUGAUCGGUAUCCUAAAUGGGGUGAUGUUGUUCAAGUGGACACUUGGGUUUCCGCAUCUGGGAAGAAUGGUAUGCGUCGUGAUUGGCUUGUGCGUGAUACCCAAACGGGUGAGAUCUUGACAAGAGCCUCCAGUGUUUGGGUCAUGAUGAAUAAAGUGACAAGGAGACUGUCCAAAAUUCCCGAAGAAGUCAGAGGAGAGAUAGGGACUUAUUUUGUUGAUUCUGCUCCAGUUGUGGAAGAGGAUAAAAGAAAACUAUCCAAACUUGAUGAUUCAGCUAAUUUCAUUCGCACUGGUUUAAGUCCCAGAUGGAAUGAUCUAGAUGUUAACCAGCAUGUUAACAAUGUGAAGUACAUUGGGUGGAUUCUGGAGAGUGCUCCACAGCCACUUUUGGAGAGUCAUGAGUUGUGUGCCAUGACUUUGGAGUACAGAAGGGAGUGUGGCAGGAACAGUGUGCUGGAUUCCCUGACUGAUAUCUCUGGUGCUGAUGUAGGCAGUUUAGCUGACGGUGGAUUUGUUGAGUGCAAACACUUGCUUCGACAUGAAGAUGGUGCUGAAAUUGUGAGGGGUAGAACUGAAUGGAGGACCAAAUCAGCAAAGAACUUAAGCGUUUUGAAUCAGGUUCCAGCAGAAAGCACCUGA